AGCAGUAGCCAGAGGGCCUAGCAUAGCAGUAGCAGCUCACUCCCACUCUCUCAAAGAAAAGGCGCAAUCCCCAUCUUCUCCCAGUCCCAGGCGCCCUCCCUCCAUAGCCAUAGGUAGCUUCUUCGGCACAGGGAAAGCGGGAAUCUGGCCCUAUGGCGGAGCAGGGGAAGAAGUCGGGGGAGCAGGACAAGAAGAGACCGCGGUUCUCCGAGAAGGCCGAGGGCAGCGGCGCCAAGAAGUCCAGCGCCGUGGCGGUGACCACAGUGUCACCGGCGGAGCUCGCGGUGCCGAGUCCGGUGGCCCCGAGGAGGGCGGCGCUGUCCUCGCCCAGCCCCGUUGCAAAGGCGCAGCCGGUCACCAGUCCUCUCGCCUUCAAGCCACCGGCGCUGCCGGUGCCGAGUCCGGUGGCCACGAAGACGCGGACACUGGCCGAGCUCAAUCCCGUUCCCAUCCCGAAGUCAGCCGCCACAGUGGCGGUGACCAGUCCGGUGGCCGCCACGCCACCGGCGCCCAGUCCAGCGGCAACGAGGGUGCUCGCGGCACAGAGUCCGGCGGCCACGAAGACGCCGACGCCCAGUCCAGUGGCGACGGUGGCAGUGACCAGUCCGGUGACCGCCAUGCCAUCGGCGCCCAGUCCAGCGGCAACGAGGGCGCUCGAGGCACAGAGUCCGGUGGCCACGAAGACGCCGACACCCAGUCCAGUGGCCACUGCGAAGCCGGCUGCCGUGGUGAAGCGGGAUGAAGAAGGCGCGGAACACAAUGGUGGCGCAAUGCUGGCCCUGGCGGCGGAAGAGGAGGAGCCUGCCAAUUUGGACUUGCCCAAGAAAUUGUUUCACUGCGCGGCCUGUCGUGCCCCCCUCAAGCCUCCGGUGUUCAAGUGCGAAAAGGAGCAUUUCGUGUGCUGCGCUUGCGGCGGCGGCGGAGACGGCAGAGCGAACAGGCACUGCGGUCCAUGCGGGCAUGACGUCUCCUACACCCACUCCGAGUUCAUGGACGGCGUGGUCGGCGCCUACAAGGUGCCGUGCCCGUACAAGCAGCACGGCUGCGCGAGCUCCAUCGUGUACCACGCGGCGGCGGACCACAAGGCCAAGUGCGCGCACGCGCCCUGCUACUGCUUCGAGUGCAUGCCCCCGUUCGAGGGCUCGCCAGCGGAACUCCUGCGACACCUCACGGCGCCGUCCGGCAAACACUCCUGGCUCACGGACAAGAUCAAAUACGAGUCUAGCCACCCGCUCGUCGUGCAGGCGCCGUCGGGGGAUUACCGCUGCCUGCUGCUCGCGGAGGACGGCAGCGUGUUCCUCCUGGCCGUGGGCGCCGGCAGGGGCCCGGCUGGGCGCCGCCCCGUCAACGUCGUGUGCGUCAGGGGCAACGCCGACGCCGACUCGAGGCCGCUGUACACGGGCGUGCUCUGGGUGGAUGGUCCUCCGGCCACCGCGGGCCAUCUUAGGGGCAGCGUCCAGGUGAAAGGGGACGUGGCGAGCUGCUCCGUCCCGGGCGAGGUGGACAUGGAACAGGGCUGGCUCCAUGCGCAUGUCAACCCCAACAUGCUGCACGGAGAGUCCGGCGAGGUUCAUCUGCGCCUCCGUAUAACCAGAUUCCCAUGAAUGAAUUAGCCAGGCUUCUCUGAUUUGAUCACUCCUUGCUCACCAUAUAUAUGCUGGGAGUUUGAUCUCACCGUAGUUACGCUAGCUACUACAUCAUUUUGCUCUGUUUUGGCUGUACAUGAACCCCGGCAUGAGCUAAUGUAUGGGAAAAACCCAGUAUGAACUUGUUA